GGCCACUAUGAGGGGCAGUCUAUCUUUUUAUUUAACUGCUAUACAUACCUUUCCUCGUCUCCCCAUUUGAAUCAUAAUAUUGCCAGUUCGCGACCAUGAUUGAACCGUUCCAGACGACCUUCGCGGUCCCUAUGACCUGUGAUGGCUGUGUCAAGGAUGUGUCGAGCACUCUGCUGAAGAUUGAAGGAAUUAAAAAGGUCGAAGCAAACCUCAAGGACCAGCUAGUAUUCAUCGAGGGUACUGCGCCACCUAGCUCUAUUGUGACCGCCAUCCAAGGGACAGGCCGGGAUGCCAUUCUUCGUGGAAGCGGCGCAACAAACAGCUCCGGUGUUUGCAUCUUAGAAACGCACUCGACUACCGUCUCGAACAAGAUCCGAGGGCUGGCGCGCAUGGUCCAGGUUUCUUCUAGCAUGACCCUUGUCGACUUGACAAUCAACGGACUCACCCCAGGACGAUACUGGGCUACCGUCCGUGAGGCAGGAGAUAUUUCGCAGGGUGCGAGCUCGACAGGUGGUAUCUGGGAGGCACUCAAGACUCAGGUGCUGGGAUCAGAAAAACCCAAGGAGCCUCGGGGUGUAUUUGGUUCGGUGGAUGUCGAUGAGAGUGGACGGGGGAAUGUUUUCCUUGACCGGCCGGUGGCCAUCUGGGAAAUGAUUGGACGGAGUAUGGUGCUUUCCAAGACCAAGGAAGGUCCUUUCAAGCGUGAGGAUCCGGAUACAUUGGUCGGAGUGAUUGCUCGCAGUGCAGGAGUUUGGGAUAAUGACAAGAUGGUGUGCUCUUGCUCGGGCAAGAAUGUGUGGCAGGAGCGUCAAGAGCAGGUCCUCAACGGAAUGUCCUAAGCGGUAGGGACUGCGUUGAUUUUGCUAUAUUUACUGAUGGCAGCUUGGCUGGGCCAUCACUAUACCCUAUGAUGAUGAAAAUGGAACGGAAAAAAAAAAAAAAAGGUUUACGUGUGCAUUGAUCAUAUAGAGAUGGUGUUGAUGAUACAUGAUUGAUACUUGGCUUAGCUAUGGGAGAUAUAUACUGUUUUAUUAUAUACCAAAUUGCUGUACGGAGUACUGACAGAGAAUACUCAUUCCAUUUGGAUACAAUCAGCAGGGACAUGGCACAAUCGACAUUAUUAAGAUGAAAGGGCAUACCAGGCAAAGGGCCAGUCCAGGCUACGAUAUUCCCAUGUCAACGUCUGUCCAACCAUAGAAUUGCUCCUUUGGGAAGUCCGUCUAGCUUCACGGUUUAGUCAACGUCAACCCAACAUAGGGCCUUUACGUGCAAUAUUAUGGAGCAGUAGUGUCCUUUGAUUAACUUCAUGGAUGAUCGAGAAAAGAAAUUA